UAAUGCACAUUUGACAUAUGCUUCUGACAUAUCUUUACUUACCUAUCACAGAUGAGGAAUUGGGCGGAAGAGAUGGUAUGAGACAUCUUGUUAAGAUGGAAGUGUUCAAGAAUAUGAACAUCGGCCUAGCACUUGAUGAAGGCUAUGCAAGCUCAACCGAGAAAAUGGAGGUUUUUUACGGCCAAAGAACUCCAUGGCGUGUAACGAUCGAAUGCCAAGGGCAACCAGGUCAUGGAUCGCAGUUCAUUCCAAAUACCGUCGGUAAGAAGCUUCGCCACAUCAUCAACUCGUUUCUUGGUUACCGUGAUCAACAAGAGCAGAAACUGAAAGACAACCCUCAACUUGAUUUGGGUGAUGUGACCACUGUUAAUCUUACUUACCUUAAGGGUGGAGUACUAGUGAAUGUUGUCCCAGCAGAAUUAUCAGUAGCAUUUGAUAUCCGCAUUUGCCCAUCAGAGAUAGAAACAUUUGAAGAUAGAAUCCGAGGGUGGUGCAAAGAAGCUGGUGAAGGUGUCACCUAUACAAUUCGUGAUAAGGUCAGUGACGAGAUUAGUGUAGUGACGAGAUUGUGA